ACGAGAGGUCGCCCGGUCGCCCCAGCAACCGAGCCCCGCUGUGUCCUAGCGCCCGGCUGCCUCUAAGGCCGCAGAGCUGGCGAGCCAGGGGGAAUCGCAGAGUCGCGAUAGUCUGACCUCCACGUCUCCGUCCCGGGCCGAAGUCAUCUGAACAAAAUUGUGACGUCCGGCAUCACCUUAAAAUCAGAACAAGGCAAACAAACAAACACCACCAAACAACCAGGAAUCAGCACAGGACCUUACACCAGACAAUGGAAAUGCCAGCCAGGAGGUGCUUGCAUCGUGUGAGCAUCUUCAGAAGUGUAUAAGAUAAAGUUUAUAUUUCCAAAUGGAGACAAGUAUGUCCACCUCCCCAUCUCAGAGCUCCAGCAGGCUCCCUUCCUCAUUAGACGGUGACUGCACAAGAGCGUCUUCUGGAAUCUAUGAGAGAAAUGGGUCAGGCAUCCACACCACUCCUGACGGCAUCAUCUACACAGGAAGCUGGAAAGACGACAAGAUGAAUGGAUUUGGAAGACUUGAGCAUUUUUCAGGAGCUGUGUAUGAAGGACAAUUUAAGAACAACAUGUUUCAUGGACUGGGAACUUACACAUUCCCAACUGGGGCAAAGUACACCGGGAAUUUCAAUGAAAAUAGGGUGGAAGGUGAGGGAGAGUACACUGAUAUCCAAGGCCUGCAGUGGAGUGGGAGCUUCCACUGCACAGCUGCUCCCGGCCUGAGACUGAAGCUCUACAUGUAGACAUGCUGCACUAAUGCCAAGAUGUGGCCACUCCAACUCCCCUGUAUGCAAAGCAACCACCCCUCAGCUGAAGUGGCCUACACCCCUCUGUAAGUUCCAAUAAAACUGUCACUCACUUA